CCGCGGGCAGGCUGAGGAGGGGCGAGUCCCGAGGUCGGCUCCGCCCGCUUGCAGACGCGGAAGCAGCGGCCUCCGGAGUAGUAGGAGCCGAAGCGGGACUUCGGGGGUCAUGGCGCCGGCAGGGCUGAAGGCUAUAGUGGGCGAGAAAAUCCUGACCGAUGUCAUCCACAGCAUGAAGAAGGAAGGAGAAUGGAAGGUACUCAUUAUGGAUCAUCCCAGCACCCGCAUUCUUUCAUCCUGUUUUAAGAUGUCAGAUCUUUUGGCUGAAGGAAUCACAAUUAUUGAGGAUAUUAACAAGCGCCGAGAGCCCCUCCCCAGCCUGGAAGCAAUCUACUUGAUCAGCCCCAUUGAGACGUCGGUGCACGCUCUGAUAAAUGACUUCAAAGGGGGCCCUACCUUUGCAUACAAGGCUGCCCACGUCUUCUUCACUGACACCUGCCCUGAGAACCUCUUUAAUGAGCUCGGCAAGUCUCGAAUCACCAAAGCCAUCAAAACACUCAAAGAAAUCAAUGUUGCCUUCCUUCCCUAUGAAUCACAGGUGUACUCCCUGGACAAUCCCCAGAGCUUCCACCAUCUCUUUAGCCCAUACUGCAGGGAAGAUAAGAACAAUCACUUAGAAAGGAUGGCGGAGCAAAUUGCCACGUUAUGCGACACCCUCAAGGAGUACCCUUCAAUUCGCUAUAGGAAUGGCUCUGAAGACUGCUGCCUGUUGGCCCAUGCAGUGUUGGCAAAACUGAAUGCCUUCAAAGCAGACAACCCCACCAUGGGAGAGGGUCCUGACAAAUCUCGCUCUCAGCUUCUGAUUGUAGACCGGAGCUAUGACCUGGUGUCUCCAAUUCUGCAUGAGCUGACCUUUCAGGCCAUGGCCUAUGACCUGCUCAACAUUGAGAACGAUACAUAUAGAUAUGAAUCUACAGGCAUCAGUGACUCACGGGAAAAAGUGGUACUGCUGGAUGAGGACGAUGACCUGUGGGUGGAUCUACGCCAUAUGCAUAUUGCUGAUGUGUCCAAGAAAGUGACUGAGCUUCUGCGGACCUUCUGUGAGAGCAAAAGGCUCACUACAGAUAAGGCCAACUUUAAGGACCUGUCUCAGAUCCUGAAGAAGAUGCCCCAGUACCAGAAAGAGCUUCACAAGUAUUCCACACAUCUGCACCUGGCAGAGGACUGUAUGAACUCCUUCAAGGGCACAGUGGAGAGACUGUGCAACGUGGAGCAGGACCUAGCCACAGGUGCAGACGUUGGAGAGAAAGUCAAAAACCCUAUGAAGACUAUUGUGCCAGUUGUCCUGGAUACUAGUGUGGAGGCAUUCGAUAAGAUUCGCAUCAUCCUGCUUUGCAUCUUCCUCCAGAAUGGCAUCAAUGAAGAGAACCUUACCAAGCUCAUCCAGCAUGCCAAUGUACAGCAGGAGAGAGACAUCCUCUACAACAUGCACUGUCUAGGUGCCACCAUCAUGCCAGAGGACACUGGUGGACACAUGAAACCUGUGAGGAAAGUGCGAUUGGAGCCUACCUACCAGCUCUCCCGAUGGAUUCCCAUUCUUAAAGAUGUCAUGGAGGAUGCCAUUGAAGACAAGCUGGACAAGAAGUUGUGGCCUUAUGUGUCUUGCCCAGCCCCAGGCCCCUGCUCACAGGCUGCUGUGAGUGCUCGCUUUGGUCAUUGGCAUAAGACCAAGAUAGCCACCGAGUACCGGACAGGACCCCGCCUCAUCCUGUAUGUACUGGGGGGAGUUACCAUGUCAGAGAUGCGCUGUGCUUAUGAAGUCACUGAUGCCACUGAUGGGAAGUGGGAGGUGCUAAUUGGCUCAUCCCACAUCCUGACUCCCAAGCAGUUCCUGGAAGAUGUGCGCAAUCUGACUGAGCAGACUCCACUGAAGUCCUAAGACCAUGCCUGGCCCCUAAUAAGAGACUUGCUGAUUGCUGACAAUUCUAUUUAUCUGCCCAGAAAACUUUUCACAAGAUGUAUCUUCUUACACAGCUGUCUUUGCUUCUGUCCUUUUAAGACUGGCCCCUCCUUCAGCCAGAUAUCAUGAAUGAGUGUGACAUUAGAGGGCCUGGUCUAGUGUUCCAGGCUGAAGAUGAGUCUAGCCACCUGUUACACCAGUCCUUUAUCUCUCAUUGUGAUGAGGUUUCUGGUUGCACUUUAUUUUCUGUUCCCCAUCCUUUUUUUUUCACCCUCCCCCAGAAUGAGGGGGAGGAGUGGCGACUAUAUACCUGAUGGAUAAGCAUCUCCUAAUUCUCCUUUCAUUAGUGCAGUUAUUAACUCCUUUAAGGGGGAUUUCCAGGAAAUGAGCUGCUCUGAUGCCUUCAUGCAUGUCCUUGCAGCCCUCUGGGCUCCAGCAUAGUUCUCAUUCUUUCUUUGCAAAGGUAAAUUGUUCACUGACUGAUCACAUUUUUUGUUAUUGUUGGUUUGAGGAAAAGUUUGAAUGGAUGCAGGACCAUUCACCCCGAGUCCUCUCCAGGGAAAACAUUUAACAAAUAGAAGCAGUGGCCAUCCCUGCAUGACGAGUGGUGCAGGCCUACUAGUUGUGCUGAUGCUAAUAUAAGAGAAGGGUUACUGCUUCUUUUACAAGACCGGUGAAGAUGUAUGUAUGGAAGCUGGUGUGAACUACUUGCAUUGGAGGAGUCCUAUAACUCUGCUGAAGAAUCCCAGAGUCUAUAAAUAAAUGUGAAAAUUAAAA